CAACACGAGCGUAAAGAACUAAAGUAAAGAGAACCGUUGAAAAUGGACCAGACAAAAAGACCGCUUCUGAUUCCUCCUGAAUUCUCUACAUAUGCAGAGGAACAUGGCAUUUUUGAUAUGUACAAGAGGCUGAUGGAGCAGCUAAUAAUAGAAAAACCAACAGAUCCCCUAGCAUUUCUUGUGGAACAGUUGAAAAAAGAGAAUGAUGAUGUACCACAGGUCAUUAUUCUUGGACCCCCAGCCUCUGGGAAGAAGAGCAUCAGCAAACUGUGUGCCAACAAACUCCGCACAGCUCACCUGACCACAGAAAAUCUAAUUCAGGAAUCAGAAACAGAAGUCAAGAUGAAGGUCAUGGACCUGCUUAAGAAGAAAGAGCCUGUGCCAACAGAAAUUUGGACAAAGAUCCUGACUGAGAGACUGAAACUGAUGGACUGUGUGAAGAAAGGCUUUGUGUUGGAGGGAUUUCCCCAGACCAGAGAACAAGCACAAGCCUUACAGUCAGUGGGAAUGCAUCCAAAGCAUUGUGUAAUACUUGAUGCACCAGACACAGUCCUGAUUGAGAGAGCACAAGGGAGAAGAGUGGAUCCAAAAACUGGAGAUAUAUACCACACAACAUUUGAUUGGCCUCCGAAUGCUGAGAUCCAGACACGACUGGAGGAAACUCCAGGUUACACAGAGGAGGACAUGGUCAACAAACUUAUAGAAUACCAUAGACAUAUUGAUGACAUCAUUGAGUGCUACAAAAAGGUCGUCAAGAAGGUCAAUGCUGAUCAGCCAAAAGCUGAUGUUUUCUCACAAGUAUAUUCUUACCUAUGUAGUCAGCCUCGAUCUAAUGCCCCUCACACCCCCAGGAUUGUACUGCUGGGACCCACAGGCUCAGGAAAAGGUGUUCAGGCUGCCCUGCUGGCUAACAAGUAUAAUAUUGUCAAUGUCUCCUCAGGUUCACUAGUUAAGCAGGCUAUUGCAGAUGAAACAAAGGCAGGACAAGCAGCAAAGGCCUACAUUGAGAAAUCUAUGAUGGGCUUAUAUGGGAAUGAGGUGGUUAAAUUGCCAGACAACAUUAUCCUGGAUAUUAUGAGGGAGCGCCUCUCCCAGCUGGACUGUGUCAGUAGAGGCUGGGUCCUCCAUGGUUAUCCCCGCACCAGAGAACAGGCGGAGGCUCUAGCUAAAGAUGGAUUUGUUCCAAAUAGAGUUUUCUUCCUGGAUGUUCCAAAUGACUCCGUAAUUGAGCGAUUAACAUUACGAGCCACUGAUCCAAUCACUGGAGAGAGAUAUCACAUGUUAUACAAUCCUCCACGGACUCAGGAAAUCAAAGAGAGGCUAGAGAAACAUCCCAAGGAUAGCGAAGACGCUGUCCGCCAGAGGCUUGCAGAAUAUAACGCCUACGUAGAGGAAGUGGCGGAUUACUACACGGAGGCGCAGCACGUAAACGCAGACCAAGAUCCUCAUACAGUGUUUGAAUGUAUUGAGAGUAUGAUUGUAAAUCCACUGCCAAAGCGAUUCUCUACAUAAUGUGGAACUUUUCCUGUCAGUGUUUAUGUAUAUAAAUGACAUUUCAGUUACAUUACAGAUGACUGUUUUAUCAACUGUAUUAAUGUUGGUUAUGUUUAUGUGACAAUUUCCAUAAUUAAAAUAUGACAUUUUCUUAAAGUAUAA